CAAGAUGGCGGCGCGCUGGGAGCGUAGCAUCUGCGUUUCUAAGAGCUGGGCGCUGCUGGGAUUAAUAUUUUGGAGUUGAACGAGCCCCCGCCAGAGCCGUCGUCGUUGUCGAGCGGGAACACCGGCCUCAGAGAUGGCUUUGAGUAAGUCAAUGCAUGCAAGAAAUAGAUACAAGGACAAACCUCCUGAUUUUGCAUAUCUGGCAUCCAAAUAUCCAGAUUUUAAGCAGCAUGUUCAGGUGAAUCUGAAUGGAAGAGUAAGUCUUAAUUUUAAAGACCCUGAAGCAGUCAGAGCUCUGACUUGUACUCUCCUAAAGGAAGAUUUUGGACUUUCUAUUGAUAUUCCAUUGGAGAGACUAAUUCCCACAGUUCCCUUGAGACUCAACUAUAUCCAUUGGGUAGAAGACCUGAUCGGCCACCAGGAAUCUGACAAAAGUUCUCUCCGAAGAGGAAUUGACAUAGGAACUGGGGCAUCCUGCAUCUACCCCUUACUUGGAGCAACUUUGAAUGGCUGGUAUUUCCUUGCAACGGAAGUGGAUGAUAUGUGUUUCAACUAUGCCAAGAAAAAUGUGGAACAGAAUAAUUUAUCUGACCUAAUAAAAGUGGUGAAAGUACCCCAGAAGACACUCCUAAUGGAUGCUCUCAAGGAAGAAUCUGAAAUAAUAUAUGACUUUUGUAUGUGCAACCCUCCAUUUUUUGCAAACCAGUUGGAAGCCAAGGGGGUAAACUCUAGAAAUCCUCGAAGGCCUCCGCCUAGUUCUGUCAAUACAGGAGGAAUCACAGAGAUCAUGGCAGAAGGAGGUGAAUUAGAGUUUGUUAAAAGGAUCAUCCAUGACAGUUUACAACUUAAAAAACGAUUAAGAUGGUAUAGCUGUAUGCUGGGGAAGAAAUGCAGCCUGGCUCCACUAAAGAAAGAGCUUCGUAUCCAAGGGGUUCCUAAAGUCACCUUCACUGAGUUCUGUCAAGGUCGGACAAUGCGGUGGGCUUUAGCUUGGAGUUUUUAUGAUGAUGUCACUGUACCAUCGCCACCAAGCAAACGAAGGAAGUUAGAAAAACCAAGGAAACCCAUUACCUUUGUAGUGUUGGAGUCUAUGAUGAAAGAAUUAGCCCUGAAAUUGUCCUCUUUGGGCUCUGAGACAGUGGAGGGCAUUGUGGUUGUGACCACCUGGAUAGAGAAGAUUCUCACUGACCUGAAGGUCCAGCACAAACGAGUUCCCUGUGGAAGUGAAGAAGUGAGCCUGUUCCUGACAGCCAUAGAAAACUCGUGGAUUCAUUUAAGGAGAAGGAAAAGAGAGCGAGUGAGACAGCUGAGGGAGGUUCCUCGAGCCCCUGAGGACGUCAUCCAGGCCUUGGAAGAGAAAAAGGCUACCCCUAGAGAGCCAGGCAGCAGCCAAGAUGUGGCCCAGGGCCCCCAGGAGGGUGACCUGUGUGGGCCUGCUCUGCCUGAAGGCGAAUCUACCACUGUGGGUGGCCACUGCCUAAGCCAGGAGUCCCUGUCCCAAGAGGAAAUCCCAGAAGCCAUGGAGGAUGAAAGGAGUGAGGAAAGGGGAGGGAUGGCCGUUGUGGAAAGCUGCACAGGCUCCAGCAAUGGAGCCCAGGACCAAGAGGCUUCAGAGCAGUUGGGCAGUGCCUUGGUUGAGAAGGCGAAGCACCUCCAAGGAGCAGCUGGACCGUACCUGUUCAAGUGCUUGAUCAAAGUUAAGAAGGAAGUGGAUGACGCAUUAGUUGAAAUGCAUUGGGUUGCGGGCCAGAACAGGGAUUUGAUGAACCAGCUCUGUACCUAUAUCCGUAACCAAAUUUUCAGGCUUGUUGCCAGUUAACUCCAAAGUUCUUGCACAGUGUCUUUGGGGCUGGGAGUGUAACUCAGUGGCAGAGUGUGUGCUUAGCAUGCUGGAGGCCUUAGGGUCAAUCUUCAGCACAGACAGGGAAAGAGAGAAAAGAGAUCUGUGAAACAGCCUACUUUGGAGGAACCUGAGGGGUAGCAGAACUUUCACCCCUGGACCACUAGUUGCACUAUAAUAUCAUCUUAAAAAGCAGAAACCAGUUCAAUUUUAGCCCCCUCCCCAACUUCUUAAGUCAUAGGUUGAUUAACAUUCAGGAAGAACUGUGAUUGUCAACAACAAAAAGCUAUCAGUAAACUCAGAAGGGAUGUCAGGCUCAGUAUCACCCAGAGUGCAAGGAGGGUUGGAGCUCUCAUCCUCUACGGGAGGCAGUCCAGUGGGGCUGAGGCCCAGAAGGCCUUCUCUAGAGUCACCUUCAAGACUGAAGCUGAGUAAAUAUGACUGGUUAGCUCUAUGCAGACCCCAGAGGAGCUGGCCCCAUAAUAGUUUGCAGGAGAGUCAAGGAGAGAAGCAUUAGUUAGGCCAGGCAGAAGGGCUCGUCUGGGGAAUGCUAAGGAACGGUGCAUUCCUGGCUUGAUGCUGCUUGGAUGUUGCCCAUUUCCGAUGCAGAAUUAGGUAAGCGACAUUCCACUAUGUGACUGAGAUGUCCCAGUGCUCCUUCCCCCCUCCACCCCGGUGAAAGUACCAGUUGUAGCAGUUGUAUUGCUUUGUGAUUUUUGUUUCAACCUGUGAAGUGGAGCUUGUUUUGUUUUUAAUAUAAGAACAUUCAGACUUGAAAACUGUCAAUCCUGUUUGGGUCUUGGGGUUAGGGAAGAUAUUUUCUCGGCUCUGAGUGGGUAAGUGGUUGGUGAUAGAAAUGAGAAAGGGAACAAGGUCUACAGCUCCAUGGUUGAAUACUCACCUAGUGUGCGUGUAAAGUCCUGGGCUCAGUCCCCAGCCCUGCAUGAUUCUCAUGUGUAUCUAGGAUUGCAGGUGUGAGCCCCCACACCUGGCUUCCUCCUGCAGUUACUUCUGAAAGCUACUUGAAAAUAUGUGUGUUCACAACCUCUUCUGGGGAGGAGUGGAAGGAGUGGUCCCAUGACAGGAAAGCGGGAUCAGUGAUCCAUUUAAAGUGUCCACAAUUCCAGCCCUGCCAUUCAACAGGAUGAGGAAACCCAUCAAGGGUCCACAGAGUCAAGAUUCAGCACAGUGUGGGGCUCCUCCAUCCAGGGCCUUGGAUUCCUGCCUCUAUGUUUAGCUCUGUUACACUCCCUCCCUUUGAAUGCCAUAUUUGGGUUGUAUAUGGGGCCCAGACCUAGCUUUUUUUUUUAACGACAUUUUAGGAUCCUUGAGUUACAUGGCACCCAUCAGUAAGUAGUCAAUAAGUGUUUACUGUUUAUUGUUAUUGAAGAGUAACAUGCUCAAAGAUUUAGAAUAAAUGCAUUGGAGAUGUGGGUCAGAGGUAGACGGCUUGACUAGCAUGCAUUCAGCCCUGGGUCCAAUGCCAGCCCUAGGAAAAAUCCCCCAAGGUCUGGCCUUCUCCAGCACAACCACUGCGGGCCAGUGAUCUAGAGAAGACAGGCAAACUGACCAUACUUUCACAGUAUGUUUGAUCUUCAUUUAGCAAGUGCUUUCAUAUGUUACAACAAUAGUGUUGUAUUUACACUGCUUGCUUGUUGAAAAGGUCCUCAGGCAGAGAAUCAACCUUUUUGCCUACUUGUAGGGAUUUUCAGAGAACAGUGUGUGUGGCUGGAAACUCAAAUUGGGUCUGAGUCCUUAUGUGCUCCAGGUUUAAGCUUGUUGUGGAAGUUCUGCAGGUGUUAGGGUAAUGAUCCUAGAAUUAAAAAAGAAAUAUGACAAGGGUGAUGUCCACAAUCUGAAAAGCUAGAGCUAUGAGUGCCUUGUCACUUUUGGAUGUCAUUUCCUUCUUUGAGAAGAACAGUUUAUUUCUCCAACUGUCUCUUGAGAUACACUGAGAACAUUAUAGAGAUUGUUUGCAUUCUGCAUGGAUUUCUAGUCAUGGGAUGUGUGUGGUGGCAUAUUCCUCUGAAAUAGGGAAAGAAAUCAUUUAAACAAAUAGGUUACUGACUCACGUGUCACUGUGUUGAAUGACAGCCUUCUUAAGUGUCUGAGGUCAGCUUCAUGUUGGUCUUGGUGGAUUGGUAUGAAAUUAAAUCUUGGUGGAAUUUUCUUAAAUUUGAUUCUGACCCCUGGCAUUGGCUUCUGAUGUCUUGAUAGCUAAAAUGGGAACAGAGGCCUAGCUUGUUUACCAGGGUGAACUGAAGCUGCUUUUGUUCUUUGGGAUCUGCUUUGGUUUCAUCAGUUUGGUUCCUUCACCCCACAUCCUUGCCCAGCAGUUCCCACAGUAAGCAUUGCUGCCUGCCCUGGCAUGUCUGGUUGCUCUGUGGAGGAGUUUGAGCUAAUCUUAAGGGUUCAUAUUGAUGGCUUUAGUAUAUACAAGCAUAAAACCUCUCUUUUUUAUGGAAAUCAAAGCUUAUCACGUGAGUAUACCAUCUUCAAGCCUGUGAAAAAAACAACAAAGAUGCCAGGUGUGGAAGAAAUGCAAAAGCCUGUGGAAUGCCUGAGGUCUUUUAAGAAAGGGAAUUGAGUGGUUGUUGGAGCCUCUUACUUGGCCAGCAGCACUUCCUUCUGCCGCCACAGGGGGGCACCCUUAGCCCUCUUAUCAAACGCCUUAACUUCACUGUGGGAAUGGAUAAAAAAUUGUGUCCAUGGAAUUUUCUUGAAAUACUCAGUUGCUACCCAGAUAAGUAUUUUUAUGUAAACAAAUACAUUUUUACAUUAAAAUUUUUGAAAAAUAAAAGUAGAAAAAACUCUA